GCUGUUAUCUCAUUCGGCCUUCGGUAUCGGCUAUCGGCCUGUGACACAUCCCCAUUUUUUCCCGAGUCACGUGGCUGCACGUGACGUCAUGUGCACGAGCCUGUAGCCUUGAGAUGGGUGCUUACAUUUGACAUGUGCUCCGUCACUGCUGGAUGGCGCUCGCCGUAGAAAAUUGAGUUCUUUUAUCAACGUUAAAAGAGGACAGAACGUUCCCCCGCCGUUAUCAUAGCAUUGGUGGUUUUCUCUGGCAUUGCUGAAGCCACCGUCCCCUCUGUAAUGAAGGAACAGAGCCGCUCCAACGAGGGCGGCCAAAAUGAGGCAAACAGCGAAGGCGGCGUGAUGUACUUGGUUGAGAGACCACCGUGCUUCCACUUCUUCUCGAAGCUAUAAUGGACGAAAAGAAGGCGAAGCCUCCUCUGGAGUCGACUACUAAGAAGCUGAAGGAAAAGAAGAAAUCUUCUGCUCCACAGAAACUUCUUUCAGCGGCACCCGACUCAAGAACAGCAACGACAGCAGGCAACAAAAACCUUACCUCGAAACCAUCUAAGGAAGCAAGGAAAGGUUCGCCUAAGCGGAAGCCGAAGAAGGCGACUUCUGCCCAAGCAGAUCCACUCCGAACCAUACGCAAAAGCACCUUGUCAUCGUCUGAGCUUGACACGAUCAUUCGACAGGUACGCAACCCACCAACACUAGCACAACGCAAGGAGAAGCACAAGGAGCCUCCCAGAACCAUCACGUCAGGAAGGAAGAGUCCUACGAAGGCUAAACUUGCAACUGUUGACAAGAACGCAAACAAAGCGAAUUUAAUUGAACCAACGGGAACGAAUGUCGGAGCCCCAUCUGCUCUAGUAGCACGACCCAAGGAAAUAUCGCCGCAAACGAAACAGGUAGAUGCAGUUCCUGCUGGGAAAAUUGGAAAGGACUUUCUGGACGGGGAGGGUGCAGACAAACAGCCGAGACUGGGAAAGACCGCAAUGCCCCGAGCCCACGUUGUGCCUGAAAGGAAGAUACCACCGGAGAAAGGAAAAACACGAUCAGCCCAAUCACAAGGCCGCAACGAGCUCAGCAUAAAAAAGACACUCAACAGGAAAACUGCUGCCUGUAUCUUGCUACCCGUACUUGCGGUGCUUGUGGCAGGCGUGCUUUCAUACUUUUUAAGAGCGGACUUUUCCAGUCGUCGCGCUCUGAUCGGCUGCACAACGUCAGAAUGCAUUACCAUCGACGAGGAUAUAUCCAACCUCCUAAACAACCGCACGCAUCCUUGCGACGACUUUUACAGCUUUGUCUGUGACCGAUGGAUACGUAGCAAAGAGUUGGACUUCCCAGAAAGCUCGGCUGCAGCCUUCUACGCCACCAUCACAGCGGACCUACAUGCUCGUCCCACGGCCGCGUCAAGCCGUUACGGAAUGCACGUCUUCGUUCAGCUUCACAGCGCAUGCACCUCGUUUAUGUCCAGCAGAACCACCAGCCUGAAGAAAGUAGUCGCGGAUGCUUACGUUGCCCUCAAUAUCCCUGCUGUAAUUAAGGCGGACUUCUUUCCGGAGCUUGUCAAAGAACUGAUAAGGAUAUCCUUCACAACAGACAUCCAGUCAAUGUUUGUCUUCAGAUUCGAGCGUACCGGAAAAAGCGUACACUUGCAUAUCUCCGUCGGUAUGUCCGUUCAAGGCAAGAUGCGCCAAGCACAUAGCGAGAUGAGGCGCAUAACUCCCAGCGAUAUUGUGUCGUACGUUCGCGAAGUGUUGCCAGUCAUCUACAAAGCGCGAGACUCACAAAAUAUGGUGAGCGCGUUUAUCGGCCUCGACAACGUUAUAUACAACGAAGACGUGCCUAAGACAUCACGGUACAUGGCCUUCGGGGGCCUGUCGUCGGUACUAGGCGAAUUCCCUCUCGGCGAUUUACUACAAAUCAUGAACGAAUUUGCUCCAGCUCACUAUCGGCUGACGACGGACACCACAAUCUACGUCACGGCUGCAGACUUGAUUAACAAGACCCGUGACGCCAUGCUGUACACCAACACCACGUUGAGGGCUGUAUACACAGCGGUCAACGUCGUCACAGACGUGGCUCGGUACGCUUUGCUAAAAGGUGUGAUACGAGAAAAUAUCAGUUUCUUUUGCUUGAGGCUGGCGCAGAGUUCCAUGACCCACACUGGUGCUUACCUGGUCAGCCAACUUGCAAGUUACCACGAAAGAACAGAGCAAGUCAAAGCGUUCGCGGAGGACAUAAGAGACAGCGUCAUGUACAGCGAAAAACUGCUUCCGAUAGACGCCUACGGCAUCCAAAGACUCAGAGAAGUGUUGAAGGAGCUCCUCUUUCAGGUUUACGACCAACCCUUUCUUCAAAACAUCUUACCCGACGUGACGUACGCCACGCUUUCGCUGAGUGAGACGAAUUUCGUGUCGGCGUUUUUCACGUUGAGGCGGUUCGAAACUGAACUGCGCAUGCGCAUGCCACCGGCUCGAGAAAACAUACUGCUGGCCGAGUACCAACUCGCCUCAUCUCCCGUAGCCGUCAUACCUCGGAACUGGAUCAUCAUUCCGUCGGCCACACAAGGCCCGCCGAUGUUUUAUUUCGAAAAGCGCCACAAGGUACCUUUCUAUUACAACUACGCCACCCUUGGAGUGAAAGUUGCAAACGAAAUCGUGAAGACCCUCCGGAUAAGCCUCGAAUGGAAGGUUGGAAUCAAGACGAAGUUCAGGAAGCUGAUGAGCUGCCUUCGCGACCUGCGUGAGUCGCUGAUGUUGGAUGGUACUUUUCGAGGCAACGUGACCGGAAAUGACACAGAAAGUUGGGACGCGAACGCGUUUGAUCUAUCGUACGCAAGUCGUAUUACGUUCGAAGGAAUGCGGAGUAUCAUUCAGAAUUCUAGAGAAUCCUCGUCGACGUGGAGGAACGCGCAACGGAUAUUCUUCAUCCGGACGUGCAUGUUGCACUGUUCUCGGCAUUCCGAGCAGUCCCUCUUACCGAAAGAAAGGUGUCUGCUCUCUGUUCUGAGCAACGAAAAUUUUUUUGACCUGUACGAGUGUACGAAGAGACCGAACACUCAGUACAAGCCGCCUGCCUGUGUGCAUACCCUCUUCGGUGCAGGCCAAUAAGGCGCGGUUACUUCAGUGAUAAUUCGUACCAUAAUUAAGACAUGAUCCUAGUCAUGUGUAUCAUUAUAAGUGCUUUACAGUUCCAUCAGGGGAAACUCUGAAUAUAGAUCGUAUUCAAAUCCAUAUUCAAUCACGUUCAUUUAAAAAAAAGGACAGGACGACCUGCACAAAAUAAAACCGUAUUACUGCAGAACGA